CGGCGGGCUCCGGUCCCUGCCCCGCGCUCCUCCCGAGGCAGGCGGCACACAAAGGACCGCGGUGUCCGCCCAUCUCGGCACACGCCCCCCUGCCAAACACAAAAUAACCACCCAAAAGGGCCCAGCCCCCCGCCGGCGCUGUGCCGGGAGCGGGCGGGGAAGCAAUACCCGGCCGGCGAGGAGACGGGCAGCACGGCGAGGCCGGAGGAUCGCAACCGGGCUGCAGGGCCCGGUAUUGUUUCGGCAUCCGACAACAAAGAGCGGAGCCGGGCCGGGGUGCGGGAGGGGGGGCUGUGGGGGGGGUCAGCGCCGGCCCCUCAGCGCCGCGCCCGGCCAAUGGCGGCGGUGCGGGGCUGUCAGCGAUCGCGGGUGCGCUGCGGGCCCCCCCCCGCUCCCCCUGUCCCUCCGCCCUCCGCCCGCCUCUCCGGAGCCGUCUGGCUGCAGCAGCGCCUCAGACAGAGGAGGGGAGAGGAGGGAAAAAAAACGCUGAGUGAGUGGAGUGGAGCCUGGGAGGGGCUCCUUAAAGAAACGCUGCCGUCGCUUGGCAUUGUGGCCAGCGAGGAACUCGAGGGGGGGAAGCCAUCGGAGCUCCUCUCGCUAUCCUCUUCCCACCCCCCCACCCCACCCCCAGCCGACAAAAAAAAAAAAAAAAAAAAAGGAAAAAAAAAGCAAACCAAAAAAAAAAAAAAAGCAAACCUCCGGGGGGGAACCGUGGGGGGGGUCCUGAGAACAUCUUAUAAACCGGAUUGCACUGAGCGGAGGGGGAAAAAAAGGAAAAAAAAAAAGAUACAAAAUAUACAAGCAAAAGGCAACAACUCCCCGGUCUCCAGCAGUUGCCCACCCUCCCUUCCCUUCUCUCCUGCUGGCCAUCUGCCUUGGGUUUUCCUUUGUGUCUGAUCUUUUACUACUGAGCCGAGCGCAGGAGGAGGGUGCAGCGCUCGCAGGGACUAUGCCCAGCUCGCUUUUCGCAGACAUGGAGAGGAACGGGAGCGGCGGCGGCGGCGGCGGUGGCGGUGGUGGCGGGGGAGAGACCCUGGAUGACCAAAGAGCCCUCCAGAUCGCCCUGGAUCAGCUCUCCCUGCUGGGGCUGGACAACGACGAGACGGGCUCCAUUUACGACAGCGAGCCUCGGAAAAAGAGCGUGAACAUGACCGAGUGCGUCCCGGUGCCCAGCUCGGAGCAUGUCGCGGAGAUAGUGGGGAGACAAGGUUGUAAAAUCAAAGCUCUGCGGGCAAAGACCAACACCUACAUCAAGACCCCGGUUCGCGGGGAGGAGCCGCUCUUUGUUGUGACGGGCAGAAAGGAAGAUGUGGCCAUGGCCCGCAGGGAAAUCAUCUCAGCGGCCGAGCACUUCUCCAUGAUCCGAGCAUCACGGAACAAGAACACAGCCCUGAACGGCACUGUCCCCGGCCCCCCGAACCUGCCCGGCCAAACCACCAUCCAGGUGCGGGUGCCUUAUCGCGUGGUGGGCUUGGUUGUGGGGCCCAAAGGGGCCACCAUCAAGCGUAUCCAGCAGCAGACGCACACCUACAUUGUGACCCCGAGCCGGGACAAGGAGCCAGUCUUUGAGGUGACGGGCAUGCCCGAGAAUGUGGACCGGGCCCGGGAGGAGAUCGAGGCGCACAUCGCUAUGCGCACCGGCGGCAUCAUCGAGCUGACCGACGAGAACGACUUCCACGCCAACGGCACGGAUGUGGGCUUCGAGCUAAACGGCACGGGCAGCCUCUGGAGCAAGCCAACGCCACCCAGCAUCACGCCCACCCCAGGCCGCAAGCCCUUCUGCAACUACCGCAACGACAGCUCCAGCUCGCUGGGCAGCGCCUCCACCGACUCCUACUUCGGCGGCGGCUCGGGGGGGGGCGGCGGCGCCCGCCUGGCCGAUUACAGCCCCCCGAGCCCGGCGCUGAGCUUCACCCACAACGGUAACAACAACAACAACAGCGGCAGCGCCAACGGCUAUGUGUACGGCGGCGGCGGCGGCGACGUCCUCUCCUCCCCGGACUGCUGCUCCGAGCUGCCGUUCGACUCGCCGCCCGGCUUCGACCUGGCGCCCGCCCCGCCGCCGGGGGCCGCGCUCCUCUGGCCGCAGUUCGAGCGCGGCCCCGCCGCGCCCCCCUCGCCCGCGCCCUCGCCCGCCACCGCCUUCCCGGGCGCCGCGCCCGCCAAUGCCAACCUGGCGCUGCUGGUGAGCGGCCCCCGGCGCGGCGGCGGCGCCCCGCCCCCGGCGCGGCUCUCCCCGCCCCUGCACGGCGGCGCGGCGGGGCCCGAGCACCCGCUGGCGCGGCGGGUGCGCAGCGACCCCGGCGGGCGGCUGCUGGCCGGCUCCUACCCGCUGUACGGCAACGGGCUGGGCGCGCACCUGCCGGGGCUGCCCUCCGACUCGUCCGGCUCCUCCUCCUCCUCGUCCAGCUCCUCGUCCAGCUCCUCCUGCUCGUCGUCCGGCGUGCGGCGGAAGGGCAGCCGCGACUGCUCGGUGUGCUUCGAGAGCGAGGUGAUCGCG